CCUCUCUGACGCUCUCCUGCCCGAGUGGAUGAAAAAUGAGCUUCUUACGGGAACUUCCAUCAUGGCUGUCGAGUUUGAUGGCGGUGUGGUUGUGGGAGCUGAUUCCAGGACCUCGCUAGGAACCUAUGUCUCAAAUCGUGUAACUGACAAGCUAACACGUGUCACUGAUAGCAUCUAUUGUUGUCGUUCCGGUUCAGCAGCUGACACCCAGGCCAUUGCUGACAUUGUGUCUUCACACAUGGAGAUUCUACAGGUGAAGCUUGGCGAGCCCCCUCUUGUCCAAGUAGCGGCCAACACCUUCAAGGAGAUCUGCUAUAACUACCGAGACAUGCUCAUGGCUGGAAUUAUUGUUGCUGGCUGGGACAAGACCAACGGGGGCCAGGUGUACACCAUUCCCUUGGGUGGUAUGAUUGUGCGACAGCCCAUUGCCAUCGGCGGUUCGGGCAGUACUUUUGUGUGGGGUUACGUGGAUGCCACCUACAAGCCCAACAUGAACAAAGAACAGACAGUUGAUUUUGUCAAAAACACAUUGACCCUUGCCCUGACACGUGAUGGAAGCAGUGGAGGCGUUGUGCGUGUUGCAAUCAUUACCAAGGAAGGGGUUGAACGCCGCGUAUUCUUGCAUAAUGAAUUGCCAGAAUUCUACCAGGGAUAGUUGAUACUUGAUGUUCUGAAUUCGCUUCUUCAUUCAUUUGCCUUGCAAGAUUAUUUAAUAAAUGGUCUAUGCAUUAUUAUAAUUUUUUUUUUGAAAGCAUAAGCACAUUAAGGGGAAGAAGCAUUUAAUUUAGUGGAGUGAUGAAAGUACCAGUGGAAUAUUAACUUUGUAACUGAACUUUUUAUUUCAGUAAAAAUGAAAAA